CCGCGAGAGGACGGCGGCGGGAGGGGAGGCGGGCCGGGCCCUGCACCUCCUGAUGAUGUUCACCAAGGCGGAGCGCAACCCCGCGCUGCGCGGCAAGGGCCAGGCCGCGCUGCGCUCCCUGCUGCGCCACGGGCGGCUGCGUCGCGGGGACGCCCUGCACCUCCACCUCGUCACCGACAGCGCCAGCAGGGACGGCGGCGAGGAGCUGCUGCGGGACGCGCUCCGCGGCGCCGCCUUCCGGCACCAGGUAAUAAUCCAUGAUGUCAACGAGCUGACUGAGAAGCUGUUUCCAAUCGUUGAAGCCAUGCAGAAACACUUCAGUGCUGGAUCAGGGACCUAUUACAGUGACUCGAUUUUCUUCUUGUCUGUCGCAAUGCAUCGGAUCAUGCCCAAAGAAAUAACACAGAUCAUCCAGGUAGACUUGGACCUGAAGUACAAGGCCAACAUCCGUGACCUGUUUGAGGAGUUCGACAAUUUCCAGGAUGGAGCUGUCAUUGGGAUUGCCAGGGAAAUGCAGCCAGUGUACAGGCACACGUUCUGGCAGUACCGCCGUGAGAACCCCCAGACCAGGGUGGGGGAGCCCCCUCCUGACGGGCUGCCUGGCUUCAACAGCGGCGUGCUGCUCCUCAACCUGGAAGCCAUGAGGCGCUCCAAGCUCUACAACCAGCUGCUGGAGCCCGCCAUGGUGCAGAAGCUCACGGAGAAGUACCACUUCAAGGGUCACCUUGGGGACCAGGAUUUCUUCACCAUGGUGGGGAUGGAGCAUCCGGAACUGUUCCACGUGCUUGACUGCACAUGGAACCGUCAGCUUUGCACGUGGUGGAAGGACCACGGAUACAGCGAUGUGUUUGACCAGUACUUUCGGUGCGAGGGCGAGGUCAAAAUUUACCACGGGAACUGUAACACCCCUAUCCCUGAGGACUAGGACAUCCCUUAGUCCGGGAGCAGCUGUGACUGCAGUGGUCCUUGCAAGGCUGCACAGGCUGUGGUGGCCGCACCAGCGGUCCCUCCUGAAGCAUGGCCAGCCCUGAUCUGUUUACGUGCCAGGGACAUCCCUGAUCCCUGGCAGUCCCCAGAGCAUUCGGCUUUCCACUACCUGUAGUCCCACCCGUCCAGAAGAAGGCACAGUCUGGUAGCUAGCACAGGACAUACAAGAUGCCUGGGCUCGGCUCCAUGGCUCAGCCUGGGCCAAGUGCACGGUACCCGUCUGUGCCUCAGCCCCAGAACACAGGGACAGCUGGCAGGCCUUGGGUGACCUUGCUGUGGCACCUUGCAGGGGGUGCUGGCUCCAUGGGUGCUGUGCAACGCUGUGUUGUUAGCCAUUUUUCAGAGCCAGGCAGGUGGGUUUUGUUUAGGCAUUCCUUGGUGGCCCAUUUCUGCAAUGUACGCAGAGCAUCAGUCUGCUCUGUCUCGAGAGCAGACACUGUCCUCAGGUCAUCUUUCUUUUCAGCAUUCCAGAAAGGCAAGAAGGCUUUAACAACUGAAAAGCUGCUUUAAAUUUGUGUUACUUAUGAACAAAAAUUGAAUGCUAGAUGAACUUUAAAGCCUUCCACUCGUUCUUCUUAGCAAUAAAAGCUUUACUGCCGUAUCUUGUCUUAAAAGCAUUCAGCAAGCGUGUACAAAUUGGUUCAUUUUUCUAGCUUUGCCUUUAACCUUUUGUACUAUAAUAAAGCUGCAAACAUAAAACA